CGCAUAUACGCCAACUUCCACUUCUCCAUGGGCCACCACCACACCGUGCUAUCCACAGCACAGCACGUCCUUAGCAUCGCAUCAUCAGACAUUGAAAUGCGCUUCCUGGAAGCUUCUUGUCUGCACGCCAUGGGUCGAUGGGCUGAAGUGGUGCGCGAGUACAAUGACCUCAUGAGCCUCGCCCCACCACCCGGCACCGACCCCGGCAGGCACUACCAGGCCUUCUAUCAGUACCGCAUGGCAGGGCUGGCAAUGAUGGACAUUCUUUCAGGCGCCUUAGAAAGUUUAUCCCCUCCCCGUGCUCCCUCACCUCUCCUCCCCUCUCCCUCCCCGCCCCCGGGGCACCACCCCCACCAGUACCGCAUGGCAGGGCUGGCAAUGAUGGACCUUCGAGACCUGGUGCGCCGCACAUGGGGGGCCAUGGCGGAGGAAAGAGCCAGCGCGGUGGAGAGCGGUGCGGAUGAGCAGCAGGCGGAGGGCAAGCGGGGUUCAGGAGGGAGAAGGGGCCAGCGGCGGCAGCAGCGAGAGCAGCAGCAGCAGGAGGAGGGGGGAGGGGAGGAGAGGAAGGGAGGGGAGGGGAGGGCAUGGGCCAGAUUCGCUAAAAAGCUACAGUGA